UCGCUGCUGAUCACUUCCGCUCGGCGAAGCUGCAGCGCCAUAUUGUCUGGCAGGGAGAUUCGGUUACCGCUGGAGGAGCGUCGCUUUGAGGCGUGUAGAGAGCACACAGCGGCCUGUUUAGGUGUUCUACAGUCGUGGAACGUGUAAUAUCGGGUCGUGUGGUGGGGUUUGCAUGUAAGUAGAGUGGUUAAUAUAAAGUGUGGCAGAUAUGUGGGAUCAAGGUGGACAACCUUGGCAGCAAUGGCCACUGAAUCAGCAGCAGUGGAUGGAAUCAUUUCAGCAUCAACAAGAUCCAAGUCAGAUAGAUUGGGCAGCAUUGGCCCAAGCAUGGAUCGCUCAGCGCGAAGCUACAGGUCAAGGAGUGGUGGAGCCACAGGGCAUGAUUCCCAAUGGGCAGGACCUACCGCCUCCAGUUCCACAGAUGGAACCUGUGCCCAACAACCAUAAUUUUCAAAAUGAUCCAAAUUUUAAUCGGAUGUGGCAACCAGAGUGGGGAGGAAUGCAUCAUCAACCACCUCCACACCAUCCUCCUCCUCCAGAACAGCCAUGGAUACCUCCUGUCCCUGGACCUAUGGAUAUCGUCCCUCCAUCUGAAGACAGCAAUAGUCAAGACAGUGGAGAUUUUACCAAUGAUAGACACAUAUUUAACCAGAACAAUCAUAACUUUGGAGGACCACCUGAAAGCUUUGCAAUAGGGCCAGGAAAUCAAUUUGAUUACCAACAUGGUUCCAGUGGAUAUGGUCCUCCUCAAGGUGGGUUUCAUCCACCAUACUGGCAGCAAGGCCCUCCUGGUCCUCCGGGUCCACCUGCUCCACCACCAAAUAGAAGGGAAAGACCUUCCUUUAGAGAGAGACAACGCUCACCUGUGCCAGUACCACCCAAACAAGAGCCUCUGCAAAUUGAUGCUGUCAAACGCAGGACCUUGCCUGCAUGGAUUCGUGAAGGUUUAGAGAAAAUGGAAAGGGAAAAGCAGAAGAAGCUGGAACGUGAGCGAAUGGAGCAGCAGCGUGCUCAGAUGAAGCAAGAACAGAAGAGUAAAAAUGCUGAGCAGGGUGAUGGUCCUCGUUUGCCUUUGAAAAGCAAAUUUGACACUGAUGAUGAAGAAGAGGAAGAUGAUGAGAACGAAGAGGACAGAGUUAGUUUGAAAGUUAGCCGCAGUCCUUCCCCAGCUCCGCAGGAAGAGAACAGUGAGUCAGAAUUAACUGAAGAGGAGAGGGCUUAUCAAAUGAUGAUUUUGACAAAAACGAUGCUAACAGAAAUUCUUUUGGAUGUCACAAAUGAAGAAAUUUAUACUGUGGCUAAAGAGACUCAUCGUAAAGCAACUAAAGCUCCUGCAAGGCAGCUGGCACAGUCCAGUGCACUGGCUUCCCUUACUGGACUUGGUGGACUGGGUGGUUAUGGAUCUGCAGAAAGUGAAGAUGAGAGGAGUGAUAGAGGUUCAGAAUCAUCCGAUACUGAUGAAGAAGAACUCCGCCAUAGGAUACGUCAGAAGCUGGAAGCCUUUAAACGAAAGGAAAAAGAGCAACAGUUACUUGAAAGACAACAAGAAGAUGAGAAACAAGAUGGUGACGACAAUGACAACAACAAUAAUGAUAUUGAAAAUAAUGACGUAGACAAGCCCAAUGCAGAUAUUACAGAUAACCUAGAAAUAAAUGAGAAAAGAAAAGUAGAAAGCGAGAUAGAAAGUGAAAAGAAAAAGUCUGAGGCUUUACCUAUGCUUGAGCCUAAAAAGGAAGCAAAGGAAAGGCCUCCUGCUAGAAAAUCAAGGAGCUCGAGUAGUAGCAGUAGCAGCAGUAGUAGUAGCAGCAAAGGGCGAAGUAGCAGUAGUAGCAGCAGUGACUACAGCACCAGCUCUUCAAGCAGCCAUAGUUCAUCUCCCUCUUUACCCAAGAGGAAAAAGAGACGUAGUCAUAGCCCAUCCCCAUCACGCAAAGUAAGACGUAGCAGGAGUAGGAGUGUUGCACGUAAAAAUCGUAGAGACAGAAGUAGAAGCAGGGAGAAAAUUAGUGAGCGGAGGAGAUCUAGCAAAAAUAGCAUGGAUCGAGAAUGGCGAAGGGAGCUUAGUCACAGCAGAGAAAGAAGGGUGAACCGCUCCAGAGAUGGGCACGCUGUUCGUAGCAGAAGCAGGGAUAGACGUAAAAGUGACGAUCAUCGCAGAAGCUCUAGUAGAAGCGGACACAAGCAUAGGGGCAGUAGCAGGGAAAGAGAGAAGGGAAGGAGUAGGAGUAUUGAAAUGGACAGGAAGAGAAGAGAAUCUGAAAAAGAAAGAAAAAAGGAGAAAUUAAAGAAAGAUGAAAAAUAUAAGUAUGUUCAGGAAGAUGAUAGAAUUAAAAGUAGGAGAGAGGGUGAAAGAACGUUCUCCCGUAGCGAGUCAUCUUCCUCCAAGAUGUCUCGGCAGGACUCCAGGCAUGAGAGCAAAAAAAAUUCUACAAAGGAGCAGAAGAAGCGAACAUCAUCUAGUGGAAGAAGCAGUUCAGAAUCGCCUGUAUACAAGGAUAAAAAAUCUAAGAAAGGCAAACGUAGCCGGUCACGGUCUUUGGAGAAAUCUCAAAGGUCUGGUAAGAAGGCAAGCCGCAAACACAAGUCUAAGACCCGAUCAAGAUCAUCAACACCCGUUCGUCGUAAACGCUGAUAGAUCACAGAGCAUUAUAAUAUUUUUUUUAAAAUUCAAUGAGUUUUAUGGGCUUGUCUCAUUUUAGAGACACAUUAUGGCUACGUAGGUGCGGAAAAUGAUUUUUCUUUUUUUUUUUUGUUCCCCAUUUCCUAUUUCCCUACUAUCUACUUUUUAAAUG